CGGAAACAAUAUAUUCAGGGGGUCCAACUCGACCGGAGAAAUCAGGACGGAGCUGUAGACUAAGAUGUCUGAAGAAGAGGCUAAGCUCAUCGGGUCCUUCGGCAGCCCGGCCGUGCACCGCGUCGAGGUGGCCCUGCGGCUCAAGGGCGUCCCCUACGAGUUCAUCCAGGAGGACCUCAACAGCAAGAGCGACCUGCUGCAGGAGCACAACCCCGUCCACCACAAGGUGCCGGUGCUCCUCCACGGCGGCCGCCGGCCGGCCCUCUGCGAGUCGCUCGUCAUCGUCGAGUACGUGGACGAGGCCUUCCCCCGUGGCCCCGCGCUCCUGCCGGCCGACCCACUCGACCGCGCCGCCGCCCGCUUCUGGGCCCGCUUCAUCGACGACAAGUGCGGGGUGUGCACGUGGGUGGCGCUGUGGGGGGAGGGCGAGGCGCGGGAGGCGGCGGCGAGGGAGACGAAGCGGAACCUGACGCUCCUGGAGGCGCAGCUCGGCGGGAGGAGGUUCUUCGGCGGCGACCGCGUCGGCUUCCUCGACAUCGCCGCCAGCGGGCUCGCGCACUGGCUGGGGGUGUUCGAGGAGAUGGCCGGGGUGACCCUGCUCGCCGAGGAGGAGCACCCGGCGCUGUGCCGGUGGGCGAGGGAGUACGUCGCGGACGAGGCCGUGCGGGGGUGCCUGCGUGACAGGGGCGCGCUGCUCGCCGCGCUGGCUGCCAGGAAGGACAGGGGGUCCCGGAAAGAAGUAACACCCGGUCUUACCGAUGUAGGUGCCCAACAAUGAUACGGUUACUCCGUUCAAAGGACAUUGGAUGGUACAUAAGUGAGCACAUGACAUUCCACAAUCACUCUCUUACAGAUAAGUGUGGUGAGAAACUAUACUGGCCCUCACACAAACAUAUCGACAUAUAUACACGUGACCUUGGCAAGCAGCUCCGUGAAAAUAAUAUCAGCAUCAGCAAAGUGUACAACAUUAUUGAUAGUUUCUUUGGUUCAAUGAGCAAUGUGCCUUUCAGCAAAAGAGCGUUAAGGGGGCUUUGUUGAGAAAUCAGCCGAGGUCAGGCGGAUGAUGAUGUCAGGAAGACAAUGGAAGUUUUUGCUGAGCUGGGAUCCAAAGAUUCUGGGUUUGUACUACAGAGUGCAGCCAGAUGAAGACAACCGCAUACGGAAUCUGUUAUGGUCAACAGGAGCAAGCAGAGCACAGUACUAUUAGUCGCUCUCAACGUGCCAUUUGUGCUCGUCUUGAUCGUCAGUGUGCAGAUGGCCCCGCAGUAAACAAUGAUGAUGGUGGUGCUGUGCAUGCAGCAACGAUGGAAACAUCAGCUGGAACCACUACUUCUCCUUCCGUGAGAAUACCAGUCAUCGUAACACACUCGAUGAGCAUGCUGUCGAUGGGAAUCACACUGCAAAAAUGAAUCAACCAAUUGACUUGCAAAAGCCCAAACUUGUAUUCCUAUCUUGGCAGACAAUCUUGUUCCUGACACGGGCAAUAAUGGACCACUCCGGGAUGCAAGUCCAAGAGCAGCUGAAUGCAAAACAACACAUGGCAUCGACUUGUUGGCAGCGGUUGCCACAGGCACCUGCCCUGCCCAGAUCACAUCUCCAGCAGCAAAUGGAAAUCCCAAACAUACUUGCAACUGCUCUUGCUGAUGCGCCUCCUCCAUCCGAAGCUGGGCCUAGCAACUGGCAACCCAUGAGAGUAGUGCCUGACGCUCCAUCUGAAAAGAGGUCGCAAGAUUUGCAAGACUAAUAAUAGAUCAGCCGUCUACUUCUGACAUUUAUCAGGGCGUCUGUGACUGUACAACACAAAAACACAGUAAAAGUCGACAUUCUUCAAAUUCGACUAGAAAAAAUCACGCCAGACUACCGUCCGAAAAAUUAAAAUGACCGGCCAAUUCUAAGCUUGGGCUCAUUGAUAUGCACCU